GCCAGACGCAGUUCCCCGGAUGCUGUGAGACCAGGUGCACUCUUUAUGAUACUGCAGAGACCUGCACCGUCCCCGAACCUCAUCAGGACACCCGGUAAGGCUUUGUCCUCUUGUCGGGGCUGCCUCUCGGACGUCUGAAAUGUAAUUUACCCGGCAGCCUCAGCCCUCACUCGGAGAAUAAGGCGAUGGGACGGCGGUGAAAUGAAGACCGACACCGGGAGAAGAAUUUGAGCUGCUUGUUUAUAGCUCGAGUGGAGGUGGGGAAGCUAGCAGUUAGGCUGGCCAGAAAGCUCGUACCCGGCGUCGGCGGCUCAAAUAUCGGAUUAGCUCAACCAUGGCUGGGCUCAUCAAGAAGCAGAUCCUGAAGCAUCUCUCCAGGUUUGCUAAGAACCUGUCGCCGGAUAAGAUCAACCUGAGCACGCUGAAGGGGGAGGGCCAGCUGACCAACCUGGAGCUGGACGAGGAGGUCCUGCAGAGUCUGCUGGACCUGCCCACCUGGCUGGCAAUCAACCGUGUGUUCUGCAACAAGGCGGCCAUCAGGAUACCAUGGACAAAACUAAAGACUCACCCAAUUUCUUUGACCCUGGAUAAGGUGAUAAUGGAAAUGAGCACGUGUGACGAGCCUCGACCCCCUAAUGGUCCGUCUCCCAUAGCAACAGCAUCUGGACAAAGUGAAUAUGGCUUUGCUGAGAAGGUGGUGGAGGGCAUUUCCUUAUCCAUCAACUCCAUCGUCAUCAAGAUCAGCGCCAAGGCUUUCAACGCCUCCUUUGAGCUCUCCCAGCUGCAGGUGUACAGCGUCAACACCAGCUGGAGCAUCAGCGACCUGCGAUUCACCCGCAUCCAGGACCCUCAGAGGGGGGAGAUCCUGACAUUUAAAGAAAUCAGCUGGCAGAUGAUCCGCAUUGAGGCCGACGCCAUCCAGAGCGCCGAGCACGAGAUGCUGAGCGCCCCGAUCCGUCUCAUCACCAACCAGUCCAAGAUCAGGGUCACUCUGAAGAGACGGAUAAAGGACUGCAACGUUGUGGCCUCAAAGCUGAUUCUCAUCCUGGACGACCUGCUGUGGGUUCUGACCGACUCCCAGCUCAAAGCGAUGGUUCAGUAUGCAAAGUCCCUCAGUGAAGCCAUGGAGAAGUCUGCUCAGCAGAGGAAGAGCAGGGCUGCAGACGAUCAGGUGUCAUCGCCGCCCCCUACUGCCCAACAAGUGCGCACCCAGCAGGCGUCCACAGCUGCUGACCAGAGUGCAACCAUGGCCAAACUGUUCAGCGCCUACGAUGUGUGUGAGACCUCACACCACCUCCAGAUCACACACCUGGAUCUGCACAUCUGUGAUGACAUCCACGCCAAGGACAAAGCUACCAGUAGGAGGAUAACAGGUGGAGCGAUGCAGCUUUCCUUCAGCUCCAUCACCCUUGACUACUACCCUUUCCACAAAGCAGGGGACAGUUGUGUCCACUGGAUGCAUUAUAGCGAAGCCACUAAAACCAGAGAGACCUGGGCCAAGAGUCUGCUGGAUGAGUACAAAACUGACGUGGAAAGGUUAAAGGGUGCGGUUCGAGACCAACAAGGCCCAGGCGCUGCACACGGCUCCCCGCAUCACGGCUCCCCGCAUCACGUGUCCCUUAAGGACGAGGUUUAUGAGCCUCUAGGAGGUCAGGAGGGUGCAGAAGGAGAAGUAGGGCUUAGGGAGGCAGAUGGAGGUCUCCUAGAUUGGAGCCCCUACACACAACCUCCACCCCAGUGCUGCUGGUGCCUAGAACCAGGGAAGAUAAACACCUCGUCCUCCUCCAGCGCCUCCUUCAGCCCUCCGCCUCCGAAGACGCAGCUCAUGUCCAGUUCCUUCGUCCUCAGGAUGGCGGACUUCAGCAUCUACCAGGUGUCGACGGCAGACCAGCGGCGCUCCAGCCCAAAGACCAUGAUCUCCUGCAAUAAGAAGUCGUUGUAUCUUCCCCCAGAGAUGCCGGCCAUCCAUGUCGAGUUUACAGAAUAUUACUUUCCAGAUGGAAAAGAUUACCCCAUCCCGUGUCCCAACCUGUACGCCCAGCUCAACGCCCUGCAGCUGGUUCUGGAUCCCCGCAGCCUGGUGUGGAUCAACCUGUUCGCUCUGGACCUGAGGCAGAGUCUGGAGCAGUUCAUGCAGAUCUACAAGCUCAACGACUCGCAGAAGCCCGACGAACACGUCGACAUCAAGGUGGACGGCCUCAUGCUGAAAUUGGUGGUUCCCACGGAGCCGGAUGCCUCCUACGCUGCGGACUUGCCUCGCUCCGUCUCCAUCCAGACCUCAGAGAUGGUGGCCACCAACACCCGGCACCCGCCCAACUGCACCCGCUCCCACCUGGAGGCCCUCCUGCAGGCCUUCGAAGGGGAACCCUUCUUCUCUCCGUCUUUCUCCACUUUUCCCCGCUCGCCCUCCUCCGUGCCUGUCCUCCACCCCGUCUUCCAGCAGCACGCUCACGAGCAGGACACCAAGCUGCAGCACGUCCACCGGGGGCUGGAGGAGCCCACCAUGGGGGCGGAUGCCCUCAAAAUGCCUGCAGCCGCCGACUUCUGGGCGCUGCACUUCGCCCAGUUCUGGGUGGACUACGAAGGCAGCCGUGGCGGCAAAGGGCGGCCGCAGCCCUUCGUGGACUCGUUCCCUCUCACAUUGUGGGCGUGCCAGCCCGCCAAGCUUGUCCAGCACCAGGAGAAGCUGAAAAGCUCGGCGGGAAGCGGCCUGUCCAGGAGCUCGUCAGCGGAGGCGGUCGCGCGUUUGCAGAGGAAACGAAUGUUGAAGGAGUACUACAGCGCCGAUAGCGACACAGCAUCAACACAAAGUAACGGCCUACAUAAACCUCACUCACUGGACAGCCUCCCCAACUCACGCUGUUCAUCAUCACCAAGUAAAGACGCAGACGUCCAUCUGUUGGUGCAUGUGCAGAAGCCGCUGAGCGCUCAGGUGAGUCAUCGGCAAUAUGUGUUCCUGAUGCACCUCCUGCGCAGCCUGAAAACCCUGCAGCAAACGCUGCAGCAGGAUCUGGAGAACAUGGCCUCCAAGAGAGAGCGCAAAGACGCAACGCACUGUCCCGCCGACCACAAACCCUUCACCUUCUGCCUGGGCCUCCUGCUGAAGAGCGCCGAGGUGUCUCUCCUCAUGAAGCCCAUUCCCCAGCCUGAGGGUUCAGGAUCUCCUGCUGGGUCAGAGCUCUCCCCCUCAGAGAGCAGAGGGACGCUCGAACCAGCAGGUGAUGCGGCAGAGGGGCCGGGAAGGGCCAACGGGGAUCCAGGGUCUGAAGACGGAGGAGCAGCCAAGCAGCCUUGCACUGUAGACCUGCUGUUAUGUAGCGAAGGUCCAGAAGGGGGCGCCACUCUGGGUGCUACCCCGUUAAUUCCCUCCUCAACUUGUGAGGAGAGGACUCCGGUGACGAACCCGGACCGAGGGGCUUCAGAGGCCGUGGGGGAGGGCUUGGUGGAUGGGUUAGGAACCGGGGAUGAAGCGGGUUCUGGGCUGGACCCGAAAACCGCUUUGACCGACCCGCUCUCUGACUUCAGUGACAAAGAGAAAGCUGCGGCUGCAAAGAUGCCUCAGUCAAUUUCCAGGAAAGGAAGUUUGUCUGUGGUUUCUGAUCUCCUCAGCUCCUCAAACUCCAGCAGAUCCACCUCCCUUUAUUCAAUGUCUAACAUCGGUCGUUUGAUGCGCGAUCGCUCCCAGUCCAGUUUCUCUGUGUCCUAUAAGAACAUGAAGAAGAGCCCGUCCCUUCAGUCUCUGGACAACCUCUCCAUAGACAGCUACUUGAUGGAAGACGGAGACACCUACAGCUUAACGGAGAGAGACGAUGUGUCCAUCUCAGGCUUCAAGGACGCUAUCAACGAGCAGAGCGUCCUGGAGAGCGCCGCCGAGGCAGUGAUUGUCCAGGACAAGGACGGGGCCGCGUCCCCCGACAGCGUCAGCGCCGCCUCCCAGAGCAUCGACGAGCCCGCCAAAGAUACGGUGUCUGUGCUGGUGCUGAAGGUCCAGACGUUGUGUGUGGGAAUGGAGGCGGUGGGCGAGAGCUCAGCCGUGACCCUAGAGGUCGGUAGGGUCACUCCUAACCAGCUGGGUAACAUUGGCCUCAGAGAGUACCUCAGCAACCGCAGUCUGGGUUUGGUGUGUUCAGUACCAAUACCUGCUCAGAGCAGCCCAGCGGGUGGGGAGACCCGCUCCGACUCCAGCCGGGGUCUUUACAGCCCGGAGGUCCGGGCUCGCCUGGAGAGCGGGCCGAGCGCCGCCACCCACUCCCCGCUGGCGGAGCGCAACGGCUUCCUGCAGCUGCAUCUCCAUGGAUACCAGGCCAGGUUCAUGAUGGCGUCGCUGCGCAGCCUGGCGCUUUUCCUGGAGGGCGACCGCUCCACCGACGUGAUGCCCAUGGAGAUCAGGAUCAGGGACACACACAUCAACUUAGAGGAGGGAGACGACGCCUCUGACAAUCCCGAUGCAGAAACAAACACGCUGCACGUGGACAGCCUCGUCGUACGCAGAAAUGACGACGGGUCUUUCUCUGUCGGAGUGGACGGCGGCGCAGAAUCCAAACCCAAGAAAGCGCCAACCGACAGCGCGCUGAGUCCACUUCCUGAGGCGGUGAGCGGCGUCUGCAGGACAGCGAAGGCGACACAGACUCAAACGCCGCCCAGCAGCCCCAGACCCACCGACAGGGAAAAGGUGCUGCUGGAGGAGAACGAAUGCCUGAAGGUGGAGCUGUCCAGAGCCAAGAUGGCGCUGGCCGAGGCUCAGAUGGAGAAAGACUCGCUGCUUCACCGCAUGAAGAGCCUAAAGAUGAACACCAGCUAGAACUGCCUUGUCAGUGACGAGCUCCAACUCUGAGUACAAGAAAAAGAGGACUUUUUAUUUAAUUUUUCUACUUUAACUGCACACUUUGUUGAGGGAGAUACCACGACUUGUGACUUUUGAAGUAGACUAAGAAAUGUUUUGUUCCGUUUCGUUGAACAAAUGCAAAAAGAAAAGAAGAUAUUCUGUUUUAAAGCUUGUGAAAAAGAUGGUAGAAAUCUAUCAUGUUUUUGGUGCCUACAGUAGAUCAUCCCUCACUACUCCUGUUAUUAAAACCACCACAGAAACCUGGAGAUCUGAAAGAAAAGUGAAUGUCGCAUCUUUAGGGGAAUGUCAAAAAAAGAGAAAGAAAAAAGGCGACUUACUUUGCACUGCGCUGAGUUUUCAGUGCGUUCAAAUUCAGCCUCUAAUUGUACAAGAAUGUGAACAUGUAUUUUCUACAGAACCUUGAGGGGUUUUGUAGUGUUUGCAGUUGAAUGUGUUUUUUUUUUUUUGUGUGUGUGAGUCUCAGACAGAACAAGCAUUUUGGACAAACAUCGGUUCACUUUACAGCUUUUUCAAAUGCCUCAGAAUUAGCUGUUGCCUCCACGUUUGUCCUAUUUUUAUAUCUGUAAAUAUUCAAUGCUGCACUUUUUGAAACUGAGUCACUGUAAAUACAGUGAUCACAGCUGUGGGAGAACAAUUGGAGCAAAGCGUGAAAAAAAGAAACGGGCCAUUUUGAAGCUGCCCAAAAAAAUCCAUUUCUUUGAAAGACUUUCAUGGACAAGCAAUGACAAUAUUUGCUGCUUUAGUCAUCCCUGUGUGAUAAAUUACAUGUUCAUAACUAAAAUCAACUUAUUUUUCUAACAGCAGGACAGUGAAGGUAACUUUAGCUCUAAUAUUUAACUGUAAUAAAUUUAGUCCACAUGUGCAAAACAUCUACUCCUUCAAAAACAAUUUAAAGUUAUUGUUCCUCCAAAAUAAAAAAAACAUAAAACUUUAAAUCAAUAUUUUUGCUGCAAUCGUUUUCUCCCCUUACUAGGAGGUAGUGAGCAAAAAAAAGUAUUUUUUCUGUCAAAGCUGCUGAAAUAUUGAUAGAAAAUAAAGGAUCAAUUUUGAACGUUU